ACAGAAAGGGCCGUGGAAUGUGUUCUUAUGCAAUAAUCGCGUCCAGCUGAGCUCCAGACGGACAGAGACACACACAUGUGAGGGGGUUUCACUCCGUCUGGGCGGGAUCGGUGUCGGUCCGUCCCAGCCAAUGAUCAGACGUGCUUCUCUUCCCUUUUUUCUCUCUAUUCCUUUCACUCCUCCGGCAGCUCAGUCUGCCUGAACAACCCGAGUCUAGCAGAAGAAGUGUGAGGAUGAGGAUGAGGAGGAUGAUGGAUGCAAUACCGUGUCGUCUCGUGUUUUUAGCCCUCUUCUUUGGAGCCAGGAUCCAGCACACAGAAGCCUUACAAUGCUACUGUCACCGGUGCCCGAACCACACGUGUGCCACAGACGGCCUGUGCUACGUGUCCAUCACUCGAUCGGGCAGCGUCACCACGCAGCAGAGCUGGUGCAUCAGCGACAUCGAGCUGAUCCCACGCGACCGGCCCUUCGUCUGCGCACCCUCCAACAAGGACAACACGGGGAUUUACCCCAUGUGUUGUGACACAGACUGGUGCAACAAGAACCCUGACCUCACAACAUUCACAGUGCCGACUCAGAAGCCGCCGGCAUUGGGGCCCGUGGCCUUCGCGGCGCUGAUCGCGGGUCCGGUGUGCGUGGUGUGCUUCCUCAUGGUCACCGUCUUCUACAUCUGCCACAGCCGCUCGGUCCUCCACCACCGCGUGCCUAACGAGGAAGACCCUUCGAUGGACCACCCCUUCAUCACCGUGGGAACCACGCUCAAAGACCUCAUCUACGACAUGACCACGUCCGGCUCGGGCUCUGGUCUCCCGCUGCUGGUGCAGAGGACUAUAGCCAGAACCAUCAUCCUGCAGGAGAGCAUCGGGAAGGGCCGCUUCGGAGAGGUGUGGAGGGGCAAGUGGAGAGGAGAGGAGGUGGCCGUCAAGAUCUUCUCCUCCAGAGAGGAACGCUCUUGGUUUCGGGAGGCCGAGAUCUACCAGACCGUCAUGCUGCGGCACGAGAAUAUCCUCGGCUUCAUCGCCGCAGACAACAAAGACAAUGGGACGUGGACGCAGCUGUGGCUGGUAUCGGACUACCAUGAGCACGGCUCCCUGUUCGACUACCUGAACCGCUACACGGUGACGGUGGAGGGCAUGAUCAAGCUGUCCUUGUCCACUGCCAGUGGCCUGGCUCACCUGCACAUGGAGAUUGUGGGAACACAAGGUAAGCCUGCUAUCGCCCACAGGGAUCUGAAAUCAAAGAACAUUCUGGUCAAGAAGAACGGCACAUGCUGCAUCGCAGACCUAGGUUUGGCCGUCCGUCACGACUCUGCCACCGACACCAUCGACAUCGCUCCCAAUCACAGAGUGGGCACCAAACGGUAUAUGGCUCCAGAAGUACUUGACGAUUCAAUAAACAUGAAGCAUUUUGAGUCUUUCAAGAGGGCCGACAUCUACGCCAUGGGGCUCGUCUUCUGGGAAAUUGCCAGCAGAUGUUCUAUUGGAGGCAUUCAUGAAGACUACCAGCUGCCGUACUAUGACCUGGUGCAGUCGGACCCGUCGGUGGAGGAGAUGAGGAGAGUCGUGUGCGAGCAGAAGCUGCGGCCCAACAUUCCCAACAGGUGGCAGAGCUGUGAGGCUCUGCGUGUGAUGGCCAAGAUCAUGAGAGAGUGCUGGUACGCCAACGGAGCCGCGCGCCUCACCGCCCUGCGCAUCAAGAAGACCUUAUCACAGCUCAGCCAGCAGGAGGGCAUCAAGAUGUAGGCCGGCGGCCCUCGGUCUGCCCAACAAUUAGACUGAUUUAUGAUAGUUAUCAUCACCUUUAUCAUUAUCCUUUAUUAUUGCAUCACCCUCUGUCUUCGAGAGAGGACACGAGCACUUUGAAUGAAGUGUCAGUUUGUUUCUGCAUCCUUUGCCUCGGUCUUAAAUCGCGCCUGGACUUUGACGUGGGUAGAAAACACGGACUUUAUGAUGUAAUAACCCACUUCCACGUCCAGCUGGUGUCGUGCUGGGAUCUCAUUUUCAGACUGCGUCAACAGCGCGGCAGGGCUGGGUUCAGCGAAAGUGCUACCUAAGAAGGAUUCUUCGAUUAUUUAUAACCUUUUUCUUCAGUGGCCGGGUUGAUUUGAGUUUGGUUUGUUUUUUCUCUCACGAAGAAAUGACCGUAUUUGCACCUUGUGUUUAAUUUCCGCUCAUCACUGCAGUUCUUCAGGUCAGUCUAACUGUUUUUUUGGUUCUGUUUUUGCAAAAACAAAACUGGACACGACCUCAUUCAGUCUUGGCGAACAUGCUGUGACAUAUGCAAUAUAGAUAAAACGUAUCUACUUUAUAUUUUUUACUGCUCUGCUACAACAACUACGAUGACAACCAUGCCUUCCAAGCCAGGUGUUACCAGAAAGUGCCACUGCUUUGAACCAACCAACCCACCCUCAUGGUGUGAUCGGCCCCGCCGGACGCCGUCGGUCUGAGCGUAUCGAGCAGAGGCUUUCUCCAGGAACGUCUCUUAUGCACACGGAGCAAAAGGGGGCCGCCACACUCCAAUUUGCUGGUGCCAUUCUUCAUUUUUCUGCCUCUUCAUUGUCUUCAUUGAUGCAGCACUGAGGGAUGUAACAACAAUCCAGACCUCUUCACGUUACAGCUUGUUUUAUGGAACAUUGUGCGUUUUCGCGGGACGCCCGUAUGCUGGGAAUCCAGUGUCUGAAUCGUUGGUGCUGUGAUCAUAUGCCCGCCUUCGGUCGGAGGAAACUUUACAAAGUUACAAAGGACUGAAGAAAAUGUAUAGCAGGCCAACGACUAGCUAUGGACACAACUGAAAGCAAAAUAAUGAAAGUUGCCCAAUGAAAACAUAUGAUUACUUCGUUCUCGGUCCGUGAAGAUGGCGAGGUAGAUUAAUAUAGCAAAUGGAUAUUUACUAAGCCAUAGGUUUUCCAACAUUUUGUGGCAACUUUUUCUAAUAGAAUGUAAAUGAGGAAAAAAAAAAAAUCAAGGACUGCUUUAAAAGAGCAAGCCUUAAGGGACCAAUUGAUUAUGUCGAGGUUGUUUGUGUUUUGUUUGCGUUCGAACUGACUAUAAUAACGUGGUAGGAUCAGUACUGUAUGUAACUGAAUACAUAAAUGUAGCAGUUGUGUGUCGGUGGAUGUGAACCGUAUCGCCACCCAAACAAGCUUUGCUGUCUCGAGUAUCAAAGCUGCAGGAUAUUUGAUCGCAUUGUUUCCCAUAGCUGUGCUCAUGAAUGAAGACUGAAACGGCACGCUGAACUUGGCUGAACAAGUUUCUGUUGACUAUUUUCUCAAGGUAUCAGUUUCUGGUGCUUAUUUAAGCAUGUAACUUCAGAGUUUUUUUUUUUUUUUUCUUUGGACACCUUUUAUCAUGGACAAACAUCACCAGUGACUUUUCAGUGAUCUUUAUAGUCAGAUUAGGCACCCUUCAUUGAAGGAAUAUUACAGAUUCAAUGCAGGUUGAGCUCAAUCAAUUGAUCAAACAUUGAUUACCAUAAAAACUAUAGAUUUUUUCUCUUGUUUUCUUUAAUAAAAGCAAAAAUGGAGGUUAGGAUGAGUUACUUGAAAUGGAAGUGAAUGUUUUGAGGAUUUAAAAGCAAAAAUAUAAAGUUUAGAAUUUUAUAAAAGCACUUAGAUGAAUUCAUCUGUACUAUUUAAGUUGUUAAUGGUUGUGCACUCUAAAAAAUGCUGGGUUAAAAACAACCCAAGUUGGGUUGAAAAUGGACAAACCCAGCGAUUGUGUUAAAUGUUUGAUAUUGAGCAUGUUUACAUUCACGCCAAUACACUGACAAUGACCAAAAAUCAGGUUAUUUAAUAAUGGGCGAUCAGAUUAUGCUAAAGUGUUUAUGACCUUAUGCCAAUAAAAGAUUAGGGUUUAUGCAUAUUAAGCAUGAUUGGUUUAAGAAGGCGCAUGUAAACGCUUCAUCGUCUUUUAAUGUUUAUGGAUUGGCUUCAUUCAUUUCCAUUGGUAGCGUCUCACGGUUUUUAAAGUGGGAAAUUCAUUUCUUGUGGUUAUCAUGCUGUCGAUUGAGUGCAACUUGCAUUGGAUCUGGAAUAUUCCUUUUUAAAAAAUGGAAAUAUGUUGAUCUGUUCAGCAAUAACUGCGGUUUUAGCAUGUUGAUUGCUCAGGCAAUAGGGAUUUCUCUCUUCUGAUGGUCAAACGUCGCUGCUAUGCAUUACAAGUCUCUCUGCUGGAGCACGUAAAGGACACGGUAGUUAUUAGUAUCACAUUUAGUGCCCGAAUUACAUUCUUAAGACUGGUUAUGGCUGCUCCAUAACAUUUGCAGGCUGCCUGCUGAAGGGAAAGAACUAUACGAAAUAUGACACAUUCAACAUUUCCUUUUAACCGGAUUGAUUUUUACAGUGUAUUUUAAAAUGAUCAGUUAUGCUGAGCUUGUUUGAGAUGGCAUUAGUGCAAGGAAACCGUGCCAGUCAUUGGAUGGACAGUAGAGUAUUAAUGAAUGAAUGAAUGAAUGAAUGAAUGAAUCCUGCUACACGCUGAAAUGCAAAAUUUGUGUGUAGGAGCUCUAUAAAUAAUGUGUAAAUGUAUAUAAAUAUGUAUGUAUAAUGUUAGUCCGGCUGAUGUACAGUUUGUUAAUGGAAAAUCUGGAAGGAAAAAGUGUAAAUUAAACCCAAAAAAGCAAUGGAGAGUGCAGUCAGAGGAGGAGAAGAGCUCAAAGGGAAUGAUUGAGGGAAAGCUUUCUUCAACAAACUUAAAGGAAUAGUUCAGCCAAAAAUGAAAAUGAUCAUCAUUUAUUCAAUCUCAUGUAGUUCCAAACCUGUAUGACCUUGUAAGAUGAAUUCAGGGAAUAUUGCUGAAGGUAGAUCUUUUACGUGCAAUUCAAGUGAUCCGGGAUUGUAGCUUUCAAGAACUUUAUUGUAAAAGCAUCAUGAAAGUCAUUCGUACGAGACGUGCAUACGGAGCCCCGCAUGUGACAUGCAGGAAAAAAAUAGUAGGCUAAAUCUUGCACACGAUUUACUAUUUCGUUCCCUUGAAUUGCUAAAUCAUGUACACGCAAUAGUAAAUCAUGCACACAAGUUAGCAAUCCGAUUAAACGAAAUAGUAAAUAGUGCACACAAUUUAGCAAAUCGAGAGAACUAAAUAGUAAAUAGUGCACACAAUUUAGCAAAUGGAGGGAAC